AGUCCUUUUUUCGCCUUUUUCGCCGACACUCAUAAAUCACACUCCAUCGUUCUCAUCCUUCAUUACUCUACUACGCUUGGAUUCUCUCUCUCUGUCUCUCUCUUUCUUGCUGUCUUUUUCUUUAAUGGCGAUGCCUCUUCCUACUGACUCCCAUCUCAACCUCAUUACCAACCGGUUCCAGUUCUCCUUUGCCCCUUCUUAUUCUUUGCUUCACUGUGCACGGUACUCCACCAUGCUCUCUACUUCACUCCAAGCUCACCUCUAAAGCCAACCGCAAAACAAGAAAUUUCAAUAAUGGCUGGCAAACCCACUGCUUUAUCUUUCUCUUUAGUUCUCUCACUCACCCAGUCACUUUUCAUGUUGGUUUUCCUCGUCUUCAUCUUUGCUUUGCCGCUUCUUGUCCAAUGCAAUACCGAUCCUGCUGAUGUGCAAGCUCUACAAGUCAUGUACACUUCAUUGAACAGUCCUUCGCAGUUAACCAAUUGGAAAAGCAAUGGUGGCGAUCCUUGUGCAGAAUCGUGGAAAGGAGUUACUUGUGAGGGAUCAGCUGUUGUUUCCAUUCAACUUUCUGGGUUAGGACUCAGUGGGACGAUGGGGUAUUUGCUUUCGGACCUUAUGUCACUAAGAACGUUUGAUCUAAGUGACAACAACAUUCAGGAAUCAAUCCCAUAUCAAUUACCGCCAAACCUUACAAGCCUAAAUCUUGCAAGAAACAACUUAAGUGGGAGUCUUCCUUAUUCCAUUUCUAGCAUGCUUUCUCUCACUUACUUGAAUGUGAGUAGUAAUUCACUUUCCCAAUCAGUUGGAGAUGUUUUUUCAAAUCUUUCUAUUUUCACAACCCUGGACCUCUCUUUCAACAAUUUCAGUGGAGAUCUUCCCAGUUCCUUUAGUGCACUAUCCAAUCUUUCGACACUCAAUGUUCAGAACAAUCAAUUGACUGGUUCUCUAGAUGUUCUAACGGGUUUGCCUUUGACUACUUUAAAUGUUGCAAACAACCACUUCAGUGGAUGGAUACCUCGAGAACUUAGUUCAAUUCCAAAUUUUAUAUAUGAUGGGAAUUCUUUUGAAAAUAGUCCUGCUCCUCCUACACCACCACAUACCCCACCAUCAUCACCUGGUAGAUCUCAUGAUAAUCAUCGUCAUUCAGGAUCAGGUGACAAUUCACCCCAAUCUUCUAAUGCCCAGUCAACUGAGUCGGAUAAGGAGAUUUCAGCAGGGGCUACUAUAGGCAUAACUGUGGGUUCUGCGAUUAUACUUCUCAUUGCACUUCUUGCUGUUAUGUUUUGCAUUAGAAAAAAUAAAAAGGACAUUGGUGCCAUAAUUUCCCUGGGAAGUCGGUCUGCUGGCAAAAAUAAUGUAAAUACUGAGAUAGAAGAGCAGGGAGUGAAAAACAUUGCUGCUGUUACGGAUCUGAAGCCUCCACCUGCUGAAAAAUUGGUAGUUGAGAGGUUACAGGGGAAUUCUGGAUCCAUAAAGAGAAUGAAGUCACCAAUCACUGCCACUUCAUAUACCGUUGCUUCUCUCCAAACAGCAACAAAUAGCCUUAGUCAAGAGUUUUUAAUUGGUGAAGGUUCUCUUGGUCGUGUUUACAAAGGGGAGUUUCCUAAUGGAAAGGCAAUGGCCAUUAAGAAGAUCGACAAUGCAGCACUCUCAUUACAGGAGGAAGACAACUUUCUUGAAGCUGUUUCAAAUAUGUCUCGGUUGAGGCAUCCUAAUCUUCUUUCACUGGUAGGAUAUUGUGCAGAGCAUGGGCAGCGUCUUUUGGUUUAUGAAUAUAUAGGGAACGGAAGUCUGCACGAUGUGCUGCACUUUGCUGAUGAUGGUAGCAAGACUCUAUCUUGGAAUGCACGUGUUAGGGUAGCACUUGGCACAGCACGGGCUUUAGAGUACCUGCAUGAAGUCUGCUUGCCUUCUGUUGUUCAUCGAAAUUUCAAGUCAGCAAAUAUUUUACUUGAUGAUGAGCUCAAUCCUCACUUGUCAGACUGUGGUUUAGCUGCCCUCACACCAAACACAGAGAGGCAGGUUUCAACACAGAUGGUUGGAUCGUUUGGGUAUAGUGCUCCUGAAUUUGCCUUGUCAGGGGUGUACACUGUAAAGAGUGAUGUUUACAGCUUCGGUGUGGUGAUGCUGGAGCUAUUGACUGGUCGGAAGCCACUGGACAGUUCAAGGGUAAGAUCAGAGCAGUCGCUUGUGAGAUGGGCUACUCCUCAGCUGCAUGAUAUUGAUGCUUUGGCAAAAAUGGUCGAUCCUGGCUUGAAUGGCAUGUAUCCUGCAAAGUCUCUUUCACGUUUCGCUGACAUUAUUGCCCUCUGUGUUCAGGCGGAACCUGAGUUCCGACCUCCCAUGUCUGAAGUUGUCCAAGCCUUGGUUCGGCUAGUGCAAAGGGCGAGUGUGGUCAAAAGGCGUUCUAGUGAUGACUCGGGAUUUGCAUACAAGACUCCGGAGCAUGAGGCACUCGACAUGUCAUUUUGAGCGUGUUAACCUUGUCGAGUUGGAGGUGAAGCUUCCAACUCGGUUACCACCGUAGAGAGGGAUCAUUGAAAGACUAAAGGGUUAAAAGAUCUAAGGGGAAGAUGCGAAACAAGAGUACCAAAUCAAAUCAGAAAAGUUAUGUAAUUAUGUCCACAACAUGGGAAGCUGCAAAUAUUUUUGAAGAUACCAUUAUCUGUAAAUGGUUCAAUAUAUUAUUCCAAAAUUUUCCAAGAAUCUUUUUGAUGCAAGAUGUAGUGCUACACAAUAAAAAUUUUCAUUUGAUUC